CUCUUCCUGUCCGGGGCGGCUGAUGAAACUGAAAGUGCUGCUGCUGCAUCUGAGGCUCUUUUUUUUUUUCACCUUCAGUCCUGUGAACACGACUGGGGGGGGAGUGAAUCCAGUCGGGGGUUGGAAAACCCUGGGCCCUGGGUAAAGCAUGAACGGAAGAGUAGAUUAUCUGGUCACGGAAGAAGAGAUCAACCUUUUCAGGGGACCCUCAGGGCUGGGCUUCAACAUCGUCGGAGGGACCGAUCAACAGUAUGUAUCCAACGACACUGGCAUCUACGUCAGCCGAAUCAAAGAGGAUGGGGCUGCGGCCCAGGAUGGGCGGCUCCAGGAGGGUGAUAAGAUCCUCUCGGUGAAUGGUCAAGACCUGAAGAAUUUGCUGCAUCAGGAUGCUGUGGACCUCUUCCGAAACGCCGGUUAUGCUGUGUCACUCAAAGUGCAACAUAGGGUCCAGGUGCAGAAUGGGCCCUUGGGUCAUCGAGGGGAAGGGGAACCGAGUGGCAUCCCUGUUGCCAUGUUGCUGGUGCCAUUGUUUGCUGUUGCCAUGGCAGCCGCCUGGGCCAUCAUGAGAUAUCGGCAGCGGCUGUGAUAAAAGUUUGUUUCCCUCCAGUGCACCCCAAUGAAGAUCUCACUUUUUCCUUCCCUCUGUUUACCCACCUAUCCACUUACGUACAGAGCCACCACAUGCUUUAAAGAGAACGAAUGGACUGGUCUGUUCUGGACUGAUGUUGGGAAGGGCUUGUCCAACUACUGAAAAGCUGUCAUUGUUGUGUUGAGGGGUGGAGGGAAGCAGGAAAUUAGUUGGCAAGCUAAAGCAGAGAGGUACUGGGUGUGGGAGAGAUGGACAUUCCACCACGAUAACCAGCAGUUCAGCCUCUGGCUUUGUCCCCCACCAGGAAAAUCCUGCCCACCCAGUCACCCUGGAUGAUAUCUUUUCUCUUGCCUGGCCUGUUUCAAGGCCAGUUGUGUGAGCUGAGAGAAAGAGAAGGGGGUUUUCUCUCUUUAUUGGUUUUACUUGGGAACUCUUUGCGGUCCUCACUUUCUUCCUAACUACAAACCUAGGUGCCUACACUGAACAAAGGAGAAUGAGGGGACCAUUUUUACCAAUGAAAAAUGUGAUGGUAAAUGCCUUAUGGAGAAUUAAAGAGACAAAGCUA